AUGUUGAGGUGGUGCGCAUUUUUAUGUCUCCUCGUACUCGGGGAGACUCACAAGGAGUUUGAGGAUCAGGAACAAACAUAUAUUAGCAAGGACUCCAGUUUUUCCAAGGAAUCGGACGAUGGUUUAGUUCUGGUUCAUGUCGUAAUCAUAAAAAUUUCACAGGAAGGAAAAAGGACGGAGUACCGUCUGGGUAAGGCGUUGAGGAGAAGAUACGACAGAUUUUUAGGCAGGGUUUAUUCCCCUGACCUUUUGGAUGCCAGAAGUACCGACGUAAACAGGACGAAAAUGUCUUUAGAAUUGGUACUUGCCGGAUUAUUCCCUCCUAUUGGUGACCAGAUUUUUGAGCCAGGACUUUUUUGGCAACCAAUCCCGUAUAAUGUCGUGCCAAGAAAAGAAGACAAAGAGUUGUUGGGCAUUUUCUGUAAGAACUACUUAAAAUUAUAUAAAGAGUUUACGGAAACACCCAAACUCAGGAAGGAAUAUGAUAAACACAAAGAACUGUUCGAGUACCUUUCAGAGAAAACAGGCUGGACUAUUAAACAUUACGGUGAUGUUUUCUAUGUUUACUGGGGAUUGAGAUCAGAGAAAGAGUGGGGUUUUGAACUUCCUGAGUGGACUCGCAGAGUCUUUCCGAAACCUCUUGAGGAUCUAGUGAUAAGGGAAUAUUACAUCACUUCUGGCACGGCAAGGUUACGACAACUUGCCGCAGGAUAUCUCCUAAAGAAAAUGUUGUUGGACACGAAAAAUAAAAUUGAAGGGAAACUGGUACCUCAAACAAGAAAGAUAUUUUUGUACUCCGCUCAUGAGUCCAAUAUUGCCAACUUUUUGGCUUCCUUGGAUGUUUUUCAGCCGCAGAUUCCUCCUUAUGGGUCUUAUAUACUUGUUGAAAUCCAUAAAGUUCGUGGAGAGUAUGGUGUCAAACUUUUCUACGAGGACUACAAGGGAAAAAGACCCAAACCAUUGAAAAUAAAGUACUGUGAAGAGUUUUGUCGUUUGGAACUCUUUACUUAUAUCAUCCGAGAUAUCAUACCAGAAACAGAUGAUCUGUGUGGUUGAUUAUUUGUAUUAUUUUGUAUAUUUUUUAAAUAAAACGUAAGG